AUGAUGAUGUCGAUGUUCAGUUCAUUUGAUGCACUGUGUGCAGAAUCAUUUGGGCAGAAGCUCAAGUUCUCUUUCAGUCCUCCAAACGAAGGGAACAAACCAGAAGUUGAGUCUAUGAAGAAGAGUGUGAUGUCUGAAGGGAACAAGGACAAGUCAUCAACAUCACCUCCUGCAAACAUUAACAAGUCAUCACAGCAACAGAAGAGGAGACCAAGGUUUGCUCCAGAGUUGGAUGGAGUUACGAUUCUAUCUCCAGUCUCCUCCACAGAUGGACAUCCACGUGGCUUGUCCAAACGCAACCGAACCUUCCUUGAUCAUGCACAAGUCCAAAGAAGUCUCGACAGCCUUACGCGAACCGCCAUGUUGGAACUUGGAAACUCUAGUCCUAACGGAAGUUUCCAGCUCAGUCCAGAGAAGUCUCGACGGCUUACACGUGCCACCAUGUUGGAACUUGGAAAAGUCAGUCCUAAUGUACACCUCCACGCAAGCAAAUGA